GGGUGUUUCGCACCGUCUGAACUCACCAAAAAGCCGCUCUCCGAAUCUCUCCUGCGCACUGUUAUCCCCCCUUCAUCUUCGGCUUCGUACACAGACCAGUAAGCGGUUUCUAUCCGGCAGUACCGAUGUCUGCACUUUUCCGCCUGCGUCGGUGUGUGCUGGUGUGCGCGCUCCUCGCCACCGUGCUGUGUGUUGUGGAGUGUGCGCCUGUGUCGGACAACGGCGUUCGCACAGCCAAAGCACUGACCAGUGACACCCGCACCGGUGACUCCGACGACUUCUGCCACGACCCGAAGGACUGCCAUGGUGAUUCCUGGGUCAGCACUUAUACUUUUCUUGUUGAUCUGGGAAGGGCUCUCCACGUUAGUGAAUGGUCCGAAGCGUACAACUACUGCGAGUACAAGUACAUCACGUGCAGGUAUUCCGGUGUUGAGAUCGAUCUGAGCGGUCUGAAUCUGAUCGGGAGUCUUGUCCCUCCUAAUCCCAAACGGUACGACGAGGCUGAUCCACCGAGGAUAAAGAAGAUUACGCUCGACGGCAACAGCGGCAUCUCCGGCAGCCUCCCGGCGAGCUGGGGUGUUAUAUCCUCCCUGCAGAGCUUCUCAGCCGCCGCGACGAGCAUCAGCGGAACGCUGCCUGACGAGUGGAGCAACUUAACGGCGCUGGAGACGCUGCUGCUGAACCACACGAAAAUCGACGGGGCGAUACCCGAGUCGUGGAGUGCACUAAGAAGCCUGAAGACGGUGUCGCUCUCCAACAGCGGCAUCUCCGGCAGGCUCCCGGUGGGCUGGGGUGUUAUUUCCUCCCUGCGGAGCUUCUCAGCCGCCGCGACGAGCAUCAGCGGAACGCUGCCUGACGAGUGGAGCAAGAUCACUGCACUGGAGACACUGCUGCUGGACCACACCGGCAUCAAAGGAACGAUACCGGAGUCGUGGAACGCGCUAAGGCACCUCAAUACCGUAUCGCUCUCCAACAGCGGCGUGACUGGGUGCUUGCCGGCGGACUGGACGCGCCAGUUGGGCCUCACUCUGGAGGCCGUUGGAUUGCCAGAAGCGGCGGAGUGCGAGCUAGGAAACGAAGGCGGGUCCACGAAGAAGUUCCCGUGGUGGGCGAUACUGAUCAUCGUCGUCGGCGCGGUGCUGGUCAUUGCGGUGGUUGUGGUGGUUGUCGUGUGCGUCGUGAGGCGCAACCGGCGGAAGCGGCGGGAGCGGGAGUCUGCGGAAGCACGCUCUUCCCGUUCGUUCACCUCCCGCGGCGACGAAACGCAAGCGUCGACAGCGAGCAGCUUUUCCUUCGCGGGCCGCAUGAACGGCCGUCGCGCCUCCGACAGCGUUGACACCGGGAAGUCCGUACCGCUCCACGCCGGCUACUACUCGCAUUGCGGGUCCUCGGUUUCGUCUGCGAGUGUGGCGGAGGGCAGCAGCCGCACUUCAGAGCUGCAGACGGAGGACACGAGCGCUGACACUGACGACAACGCCUCACGCGGAAACGGAGGUGCCGACAGAUACGCGAUACCUGACAGUCAGAGAAAAGAACCCCAUGGCCCCUCAGCGGCCGCCGUGCCUCCCUUCCUACAUGACUACGCGGUAAGUUCAUAA